AUGGACUCGCCAGUCCUCACCCAGCUGUUCCGACAGCUUUUCCGCCACCCAGCAUGCCAAUCAUUAAGGCGACGACCAUAUUCUCUCACCGGACCCCAGACUCGAACCUUUCUCUCCCGGCGCACACCCCCCAAGCGCAAAACGCAAGAUGACUCUUUGCUUUGGACAAAACGCGGGGACUACCCUAAAAACAUCGAUGAGGAGUACCGUACAUAUCCACAGGUCACAGCGAAGGAACUUCGGAGUCGGCGCGAACGGCCGCGGCAGGUUAAGAUGUUGACGCGCGAAUUCAUUGACGACAGUCUCUAUAAUCCUCAUUAUGGGUACUUUUCCAAACACGCGACUAUUUUCAGUCCCGGCGAACCGUUCAAUUUCAACGCCAUCGAGGAUGGGCCUGCUUUCCACAAACUCCUAGGCCAACGGUAUACGGAGUUUGAGGACUUGCUAGAUGAGACGAAUCCAGAUAUUGCGCGGCAAUUAUGGCAUACACCCACCGAGUUGUUCCGGCCGUACUACGGAGAGACAAUUGCGCGGUAUCUAGUGUCAAACUACAAGUUGACCCUGUACCCAUACCACGACCUGAUCAUCUACGAGAUGGGAGCAGGAAACGGAACAAUGAUGUUGAACAUACUCGAUUUCAUCCGUGACACAGACUACGAGGUGUACCAGCGAACGAAGUUCAAGAUUAUUGAGAUCUCUCCCGCGCUAGCAGAUCUCCAGUUCAAAACCUUGACCGACAAGCUCACAGCCAAGGGCCACCGGGACCGUGUGGAGAUUGUCAACCGGUCAAUCUUCGACUGGGACACAUACGUGCAUUCUCCAUGCUUCUUCCUAGCUCUCGAGGUCUUCGAUAACUUCAGCCACGACACCAUCCGCUACAACCAACGCACGGAAAUGCCCCAGCAGGGCGGUGUCCUAAUCGACGCUGACGGCGAGUUCCACGAGUACUACAACAACCAACUAGAUCCCGUUGCUGCUCGCUUCCUGCGUGUGCGCCAAGCUGCUGCCCGUCGGCCUUUCCCGAGUCCCUUGGGUCCAUCUCUUCUCCGUGGCCUGCGCUCUGCCGCGCCUUUCAGCAAGGAAUACUCCCAGCCGGAGUAUAUCCCCACUCGACUGAUGCAGUUCUUCGAUAUUCUGAAUCAAUACUUCCCGGCACAUCGAUUGGUUUCCAGUGAUUUUAGCUCUUUACCGGAUGCCGUACCCGGUAUCAACGCACCUGUCGUGCAGACCCGGUACCAGCGGCAGACAGUGCCGGUGACAACUCCCUUUGUUCACCAAGGCUACUUUGAUAUCUUCUUCCCUACGGAUUUCAAUGUAAUUGAGGAUAUGUACCGUGCUGUGACGGGCAAGUUGACCCAGGUCACCAGCCAUGAAGAGUUUGUGCAUCGCUGGGCUUACAUUGAGGAUACUGAGACGCGUAAUGGGGAGAACCCUUUGCUGAGCUGGUAUAAGAAUGCUAGCAUGUUGAUGACUGUGUAG